AUGACUUACGGCCAUAAGUCUUCCUGUAAGGCUCACAACUAUCUUUUCCAGCUCCUUUGUGGCCAAGUCCUUAUGCCUUGUAUAACACCAAAGCCUAAGGCAACAAGAUUGGCAGAAGGUGAGAGCAGUAUAAAAAGAGUGAUUGGAACCAGAUUGACAACAGAUUUACUGAACGAGAUAGGAUCUUUGACAUCAAGUAUAGUGCGCCCACCAGUUACAGCAAACAACUUUGAGCUUAAGUCUACUUUUGUACAGAUUGUCCAGAAUUCAAUAGAGUUCCAUGGAUUGCCAAAUGAUUAUCCCAACAGUCAUAUUGGGGGAUUCUUCGAGAAAUUUGAGGCUGAAUUGGAGAGUGUUGAAGGAGAGCUGAUGCUAAUGAAGGAGAGGGAGAUUGAGACUGAGACCCUUGUGGCGUCACUCAAUGAAGAACUCAAGAAGAGCAUGUCUAAAUUGUCUGAGAUUGAAGAGAAAGGAUGUGUUAAGAGUGAAAGGUUGAGAGAAAAGAAGGAUAUUGGCAGAGAAAUGAGCUCUGAAUAUAAGCCAGCUCUAUCCCAGGCACUAAGUCUUGGUGUGGUUGAAGGGGGAUAG